GCCGUCAACGAGAAAGGGAAAUCGAUUGAGGGAGUGCGCCAGUGGCCGUACAAAGCAGUAGCCCAUGCAUUGGAAGUGAUCCCAAGAACGCUGGUGCAGAACUGCGGUGGCUCCACCAUUCGACAGCUAACGGCUCUGCGAGCAAAGCAUGCUCAGUCGGCCAAUAAUUGGACCUGGGGAAUCGAUGGAUGCACCGGCCAGCUGGCCGACAUGAAUCAGCUGGGCAUUUGGGAUCCACUUUCGGUGCGCUUGCAAGUUCUGAAAACGGCAAUCGAAACAUCGGUGAUGCUGCUGCGUAUUGACGAUAUAGUGUCGGGAAUGAAGAAAAGCCAGGACAGUGGCGCAGGCGGUGCUGCAGCUGGACCACGUGGCGAUGCGUGA